AUGUUUAGGAGGCAAUUCUCAACUAGUGUUCGUUACUUACAGCACUAUGACGAGUCGCUAUUGUCAAGGUACUAUCCAGAAAGUCUACUAAAAUCCAUAAAGCUUGCUCAACAAACAAUUCCACAUGACACCAAGUUCAAAACUUCCCGUAAUGUGGAGUUUGCACCCCCAUAUUUAGAUGAUUUCAGUAAGAUUCAUCCUUUCUGGGAUUACAAGCCGGGAAUGCCUCAUCUUCACGCACAAGAAGAGGAAAAUAACUUUACCACAUUUAGAUGGGACCAAGUUCAGCAACCGUUGCCUGGCGAAGGUAACAUUCUACCUGCGGGAGUCGGUCUGCCCAAUGAUAGCGGUAGGAAGUCGAAGAAUGCGGACGUGGCUGCAGGGCUACACAAGCAAACAGGUGUGGACCCGGAUUAUAUUACCAGGAAACUAAUCAUGAAACCCUUGGUUAUGAAAAGGGUAUCGAAUCAGACCGGUAAGGGUAAAAUUGCGUCCUUUUAUGCCCUGGUCGUUGUUGGAGAUAAGAAUGGUAUGGUAGGUUUGGGAGAGGGAAAAUCCCGUGAAGAAAUGUCCAAGGCCAUCUUCAAGGCUYAUUGGGAUGCAGUAAGGAACCUGAAGGAAAUACCCAGAUACGAAAAUAGAACCAUAUACGGUGAUAUAGAUUUCAGAUACCAUGGUGUAAAACUACAUUUAAGAAGUGCCAAACCUGGCUUUGGGCUACGUGUAAAUCACGUCAUUUUUGAAAUUUGUGAAUGUGCAGGUAUCAAAGAUUUGAGUGGGAAAGUGUACAAAUCCAGAAACGAUAUGAAUAUUGCCAAGGGGACCGUUGAGGCGUUCGUCAAAGCUCAGAAGACACUGGACGAAGUUGCAUUGGGUAGAGGCAAGAAGCUUGUUGAUGUGAGAAAUGUCUACUAUUCAAGCUGA